AUGGCUGAUCGUCGUGCGAAAUUAGCAGAGCUGCGGGCUCUUCGUGCCUCCGGAAAGAAGCGUAUUUCGACGUAUGCAGUUGAGGAACAAGCCGAUAUUUACGAGGAGGUCGAUGACGAGGGAUACAAGAAGAUCAUUCGCGAUCGGUUAGACCAGGACGACUUCGUUGUCGAUGACAACGGAGAGGGUUACGCGGACGACGGUCGAGAAGUCUGGAAUGAACAGACGGCCGAUUAUGAAAGCGACAGCGACGAACUCCCUGCUCGAGGAAAAGCUGCCAAGAGGAAGCGAGAAGAAGAGCAGCAGAGGAAAGAGAAGAUCAACAAUGGCAUUUCCAAGUACUUUAAUAGUGGUGCGGCCGCGGCAGCACCAAAGCCUAAACCUGUCGCUACUGCCGAGGACGACGCAUUCAUGAACGAUCUGCUAGGAGAAGUCGACACGAAUAUUGUUUCGAAUCAUGUUCCGACGAAGAACAUCAUCAAAUCUGAGGCUCGCCGUAAAGUCCGCAUCCUCUCUCCACCGCUGUCUGAGAAAGCGGCGUCGAGGAAACCGGCCAAAAAAGACGACUUAGAGAAUUAUUCUUCCCCAAUCAAGGGGCAUCAAGAUGCCUCGGCUGUGGACCUGGACGAGGAUGCUCCCCUGCAUGUUCUGGAUGAUGAUGAUGAUGUCCCCAUGAGUGACGCAUUGCCCUCCUCCCCCAUCAGCAAGGCGGUUGAACGGAAGGCAUCGGCUUUGAUCAAAGUGGAAGAGCCAGAGGAUGAUGAUAACGAUCUGAUGGAUGUCGCAGAAGCCAUGGGCCACCACGAUAGCAAGGCAAAAAGUGUCAACAUGACAGGCAGUCGACCGCCGCCCAAAAUCAAGAAAGAGAUCCGAUCCUCGCCUCCGCUCACCUCGUCUCCUAUGAAGGCCCCGAAUGAUGCGCUAAACGCAUCCUGGAACGAUGUCAGGAACAAACUGAAUGUUCUCAGCAGCCCUGCUCCAGAGAUGAAGACAUUCGGUAAACUCAGAGCUCAGGACGUGGUCGAAGAAGAUGGAAGCUUACGCAUGUUCUGGCUGGAUUUUACCGAGGUCCAUGGCAGUCUAUGCCUGUUUGGGAAGGUCAAGAACAAGCAAUCCGGGACUUUCGUCAGUGCAUUCGUCAAGAUCGACAACAUUAUGCGAAAGCUCUUUUUCCUACCCCGGGAUGUAAGACGGAAACAAGGUAGAGAUACUGAUGAAGAGGUCGACAUGGAAGAUGUCUAUGGUGAAGUGGAUGAGAUGAUGUCAAAACUCCGCGUGGGGAUGCACAAAAUCAAGCCGUGUACCCGGAAAUACGCCUUCGAGUUGCCUGGCAUCCCGAAAGAGACGAAAUACCUCAAGCUCCUAUACCCUUAUGACAAGCCCGCUCUGCCCAUGGACACCCAGGGAGAGACCUUCUCUCAUGUUUUCGGUACCAAUACUGCCUUGUUCGAACAGUUCGUGCUAUGGAAGAACAUCAUGGGUCCUUGCUGGCUCGAAAUCGAGGAGGCAGAUUUUUCUGCAGUCAACAACGCCUCUUGGUGCAAGUUCGAGUGUCAAGUCUCUAAGCCAGCUUUGAUCAGCCCUCUUCCGGACUCUGAAAACCUUGAAGCGCCGCCUCUCACGCUUAUGAGUCUCUCGUUCCGUACACAGCUCAACGUCAAGGAGAACAAGCAGGAGAUCCUUUUGGCGAGCGCAAGAGUCUACGAGAACGUUUCUCUCACGGAUACCACGCCCCCAGAUAAACUUCCUUGCAAGACCUUUACCGUCAUGCGACCUUCUGGCUCUUCGUAUCCCUUGGGCUUUGAGGUGGAGACGCGAAAGCAAAGAGGGACAUUCAUGUUGGAGAAGAGCGAGCAGUUCUUGCUCAGUAAAUUCUUGGCCUUGUUCGAGAAGAUGGAUCCUGACGUUAUUAUGGGUCAUCAAUUACAAGAAGUUGACCUCAGCAUCCUUCUCAGCAGAAUGAAAGAGAAGAAGACCCCUGGUUGGCAUCGAAUUGGGCGGCUGAAACGUGGAGAAUGGCCCAAGAACUUUAAUAGGGGAGGUGGCUUCUUCGCUGAGAGACAUCUGAUUGCAGGAAGAUUGAUGUGCGAUGUCGCGAAUGACAUGGGCAAGUCUCUGAUGAUGAAAUGUCAGUCAUGGAGUUUGACGGAGAUGUGCGACCUCUAUCUCGGACAAGGGAACACACGACAGGAUCUAGACGUGGAGGCCGCCCUCAAAACGUGGGCGACGACCAAAGAGGGUCUCAUGAACUUCGUCAACCAUAAUGACACUGACACCUACUUCAUUGCUGCGCUAGUGCUCCGACUACAGAUGUUGCCUCUGACAAAGAUUCUGACGAAUAUCGCCGGUAAUUCCUGGGCGCGAACUCUUAGCGGUACUCGUGCUGAACGCAACGAGUAUAUUUUGCUUCACGAGUUCCACCGCAACAAGUUCAUCUGCCCUGACAAGUACUCUGGAAAACAGCAGCAAAGGAUGGAAGAAAAGAUGCAGGAAGGCGAGGAUGACGACAAUGUCGACAAGAAGAAGAAAGAGAAGUAUAAGGGUGGUCUUGUCUUUGACCCCGAGAGGGGUCUGUAUGACAGAUUCAUUCUGGUCAUGGACUUCAACAGUUUGUAUCCAAGUAUCAUACAGGAAUACAACAUUUGCUUUACGACGGUGGAUCGCUCUGCAACGGCUGAAAAUGAAAACGAGGAAAAAGUACCACAGGUCCCAUCAUCAGACCAGGAACAGGGUAUUCUUCCCCGACUCAUUGCAACACUCGUCGGUCGUCGACGAGAAGUGAAGAAAUUGAUGAAGGACAAGCGCGCCACUGCUGAUCAGCUUGCACUGUGGGAUACCAAACAGUUGGCCUUGAAGUUGACGGCAAACUCCAUGUACGGUUGUUUGGGUUACACGCAAAGUCGAUUCUAUGCGCGACCCCUGGCCAUGCUUACAACAUUCAAGGGGCGUGAGAUUCUUCGGAGCACCAGAGACCUGGCAGAAUCAAAGCAACUUCGAGUCAUCUAUGGUGACACUGAUUCAGUCAUGAUCAACACCAACAUGGACAAUAUAAGUGAUGCACUCAAGGUCGGUGAGGAGUUCAAGAAAUCAGUCAACGAGAGGUACAAACUCUUGGAGAUUGACAUCGACAACAUUUUCCGCCGCUUGCUGUUGCACGCGAAAAAGAAGUAUGCCGCCAUCAACAUCACCGAAGUCGAUGGCAAGUAUGUGGACAAGCUGGAAGUCAAGGGUCUGGAUAUGAAGCGACGCGAAUAUUGCGCUUUAUCCAAGGAGGUGUCCUCCAAGCUUUUGAAUGAAGUGUUGUCCGGUGAGGACCAGGAGGUGGUUCUCAACAAAGUUCACGACUACUUGCGUGAUCUCGCCAGCAAGAUGAGAGAGCUGAGCAUUCCGGUUCAAAAAUACGUGAUCUAUACGAAACUUUCCAAGAGACCCGAUGAAUACCCGAAUAAAGAAACAUUGCCUCCGGCUCAGGUCGCUCUUCGAGAGAUCGCACGAGGGAAAAACAUCCGGCCGAACGAUGUCAUCGCAUACAUUGUCACCAACGGAGACAAGGACACGGCAUCCCUGCCUCCCGCGAAGCGGUCAUAUACUCUCCAGGAUGUGAUGAAACCCGAAUCGGGACUUGAACCCGACAUCGAGUUUUAUCUGCUCAAGCAGAUCUUCCCACCGAUUGAGCGUCUUUGUGCCCCAAUUCCUGGGACAGAUGCCGUUCGCUUGGCCGAGUGCCUUGGCCUCGACGUUCGCAAGUAUCAAAUCAACACGUCGCACACGAGCAGUCAGCAGAGCAACGAGAUCUUCCCCUUGGAAUCGCAGAUUCCGGAUUCGGUUCGGUUCCAGAGCGCAGCCAGACUCAGCUUGAUCUGCCGAUUCUGCAGAGAGAAGUCCACUUUUGAAGGUCUGGUUAUUUCCUCACACAUGUGCACGGCGCAAGGCCUGGUCUGCCCGAAUCAGAGUUGCAAGAAACCCUUUGCCACGCUCUCGGUCAUUGCGCAAUUAGAAAGCCAGAUUCGAGCCCAGACAGCCAAAUACUACGAAGGUUGGCUGGUCUGCGAUGACCCUGCCUGCGGGAACCGGACGCGCCAGAUGAGCGUGUACGGGCACCGAUGCCUUGGCCCCCGUGGACGCGCGGAAGGCUGUCUGGGCCGCAUGUCCUAUGAAUAUCCAGAAAAGCAGAUGUACAACCAGCUACUUUACUUCGCCAGUCUCUGGGACGUGGACAAGGCCAAGACCGCAGCCGCCAAGGAGGCGGACCAUGAGAGGAAGGAUAGUCUGGCCGCCCUGGCGGAAUUCAACCGGAUCAGAUUCGGCAAUAUCAUCAAUUCGAUGAAGCGGGUCCUGGUCAUCGCAGGGUCCGAUUCAUCCGGCGGGGCCGGUCUCGAGGCUGACCAGCGUGUCCUUGCAACACAUGGGUGUUACGCGCUUACCGCUACGACAGGCCUCACGGCCCAGAACACGCUGGGUGUGCAGGAUAUAUUCGUCGUGCCGUCUGCGUUUGUACGGAAGCAGAUCGAUGCUGCGCUGGAGGAUAUCGGGGCCGAUGUAGUGAAGCUAGGGAUGCUCUCCUGCGCUGAGACGGUGGAUGUCAUUGCGGAGGCUCUUAUCGCGCAUGGAGUGAAGAAUGUGAUAUUAGAUCCUGUGAUGGUGUCCACGAGCGGAUCGCAAUUGCUUCCCCAGGAUGCGGUGGAAGGUGUCAGGAAGAAAUUGCUUCCGCUGACGACAGUGGUGACGCCUAAUAUUCCCGAAGCGGAGCUGUUGCUCAAAGAUGCUGGGAUGGAGGUCACGGAGCCCGAGAACCUGCAAGAGAUGAUACAGCUCGCCAAGGAGAUCAGCCGGCUAGGGCCUAAGAACGUUUUGCUGAAGGGUGGCCACUUGCCACUUACGAAGGAGCAUAAAACUACCCAGAACCCCCAGGAGGCAUCGAUCGUUGUUGACGUUCUCUACGAUGGCAAGGACAUCACCCUGUUCGAGACCGAGUUCUUGAGAUCAAAAAACACCCACGGUACAGGGUGCUCGCUCGCCUCUGCGAUCGCAGCCAACCUCGCCCAGGGGAAGUCGUUGGAAAGAGCCGUGCGCAGUGCUGUGCGGUUUGUCGAGGCUGGAAUCAAGACGAGCGUCAGUCUGGGUAAAGGGAGCGGACCGAUCAAUCACUUCCAUUCCAUGUACACGUUGCCUUUUGCACCAGGCCGGUUUGUCGAGUAUGUUCUGGACCGCCCCGAUGUUCGCAGGGUAUGGGAGCGGUUCACAGAACAUGAGUUUGUUGUCGGCUUGGGGAACGGAAACCUACCACUGGAGCGCUUCAAGUCGUACCUUGUGCAGGACUACCUAUAUCUCGUUCAUUUCGCCCGCAGCAACGCACUAGCAGCGUACAAGGGUCAAAAUAUGGAAUCUAUUGCUGCAUCUGCGAGGAUUGUGCUACAUAUCGAACGAGAAACGGCCCUGCAUCUGGACUACUGUGAAUCAUUUGGCCUGUCCAAGGAAGAGAUGGAGAGACAUCCUGAAACCGAAGCGUGCACCGCCUAUAGUAGAUAUAUCCUCGACGUGGGCCAGUCCGAUGACUGGCUCGCCUUACAGAUGGCCCUUGCCCCUUGUCUGAUCGGGUACGGCGCCAUCGCACAAAGACUAUACGCGGAGAAAACAACGCUUCGUACAGGCAACAGGUACUGGAAAUGGAUCGAGAAUUACACGGCCGAUGACUAUACCGAGGCGGUCCGCACGGGAUCAGCGGCUAACACAUCCUCAUCUAGCCCUCCUAGAAAAGCAUCUCCCAAGUGUCUCACCAACCAGAGUGGAGGAGCUGAUCCGGAUUUUCAUUCGAGCGACAGAGUUGGAGAUAAACUUUUGGAACAUGGGAUUAGGUGGCGACCCCAUGUAAAACCAGUUCGUGACAGAGCAUGUCCUGGAAAUGCUCAAAGCUCCCUAUACAUCAACAUCAUAUAA